AUGGUUAAUUGUCCGGGAGAGAGAAGACCGCUAAAAGCAAUUAGCAAUUUACGAGUUUCGGCUAACCACGAGUUAGUUAUCCAUGCUUUUGAACCCAAAUUGCUCCCCCCUAUUAUUAAUGCCCUUAACCAGUUAGGAGGAUACAAGUUGGAAAGAAGUACCUCCGAUGAAGCCUAUUUUUCCUUGUUGUUAAUGACCCGAGAAACCAAAGAUAAAUUUAUCCGCGAAGUCAAAGUGAUUGGAGUAGAAGCCAAAGUCGCCUUAAAUCUGGUGCGACAAGAAAUUCGAGAUUUAGUGAAAAAAAAUAAAGAAUUUUCCCAAGACCAAAAACGAAAUUAUGAAAACCAAAUUGACAAAAUAACUAAAAUUUAUCAAGACAAAAUUAAUGCUGCCGAAGAAAAAAAAAUCCAAGAAUUAAAUCUAUAA